AGGGAGCAGCUUCACACUAAAAGAGCAGAAGAAGAAGAGAAAAGAGGAGGAGAAGAAAAAGCGGGGGAGCAGGCGGAGGACUCUGCUGGAUGUAGCUGUUUUCGGCUGUUUUGCGGGGAAUGUGCGGCUCCUCCGCAGCUGCUCUCCAACUUUGCGAGUCUCUGCUCUCAUGCCGAGAGGCGGACGCAGAGGAUGGGAGUUACCUGGUCCUCCAGAUGCCUCGCGCUCUUCCUGGCUCUGCACAUAGUCUCCAUGUUGCAGACGGUGCUGGUCAGUGCUGGUCAAUGUGACUCGGUGUUCAAGGGUUUCUCAGACUGUCUCAUUCAGCUGGGAGACAACAUGGCCAACUAUCCCCAGGACCUGGACGACAGGCAGAACCUGCACCAGAUCUGCACUUACUGGGAUAACUUCCACUCCUGUGCCACGACGGCGCUGGCGGACUGCCAGGAGGGAGCGACGGACCUCUGGGAUAAACUGAAAAAGGAGUCCCGAAACCUGAAUUUCCGCGGGAGUUUGUUUGAACUCUGUGGCGGCGGCAACGGAGCCCCCAGAUCUGCCAACGCCAAGGGCCUCGCCUUGGUCCUAACCACACUGCCCACCAUACUGACUUGGCUGGCGUUUUAACAGAAAUGAGGAAAAACAUGGAAACACAAAGCGAAAAGAAGUAAAAAAAGAAAAAAAAAGGAAAAAUCCAACUGAAAAAAGAAAAUAGGAGAAGAGUGAUAGCUGCUCUUCAAAAAUACUUCAAAGUUUGAAUUCAUCACAAGAAAAUACACCCCGAAUGGAUUUUUACUGCUAGGUCACCGUACGGCCGCCCGGGUCGCCUUCCUGGGACAUCUGCAGGCCGCCGUCCUCCCGGAGCGUUCAUCCAAUCACACGCAGACCCGACCCAGAGGCCAAUAACAUGAAAUAUUCAACAAGCCGUUGAGCUGAAACGAUGACAAUGAUGAAAACGUGAUGGAUUCCCGUCCGCUUACAACCGUGGAAUUACACAGUAUUAAAGUCAACCAUGAAUUAUUGAUGUUUAGUAGGCUCGGCCGAGACAGCACUGUGUGACUGCAGGGUGCUGACACUGUAUCAGGCUAUAUAUUAGAGUCCCCAUAUAGCCUAUGGUACAUAUUCAUGUGUAACGCGAGGCCACAAAAUCAAUAAGACGAGCCAAGGCCUCGAGCCGAUUCAGACCUGACGCCUCAUUUUCACCACGGACAGAUUCUCCUUUUUCUGUUUUUUUAUUACGCCAAGUAGACUCAGUGGUAUAUUUGAUGGACUGAAUGCUUCGUGUAAUAUUUGUACUCGUAUUGGCUGUUUGUUGUUUUCAGGCCACGGUCACACCAGCGCUAAAUGGAGUCGUAAUAACUGGCGGCAAAGACAGCUUAUCAAAAUUACACAUUGACUUUCACAGGCAGAAAAACUGCAAUGACACUACUGACCUUUGGCCCCUGCAGCAUGGCUCUCAAUCAACAGUAUCCUUACAUUCAUAGUGUUGUACUUGGUUGUGGAGCUGGCCAGGUUGCUGCCAUGCCACGUUUCUGGUGUGACCGUAGGCUUGUUUUUCUUGACCAAACUCUGAGGUGCAGCGAUGUGGUGGAGUAUAAAGCCUGCUUGUCCUUAAAGAACAGUUUAUACUGUUGUUAAUGUGCAUGAUAUCAGUUCAGAGACCCUCAAAACAUUUCAGGAAAUGGGCACAAAAACAUUAAAUGUUUUAUAAGACGUUGUCAGGUUCAAGUUAGUUUUUGCUUCUGUUGGAAGGAAACUUGUAUUAUCUCGAUGUUUCAUUUCUGUAUUAUUAGAAUUUUUCAUUUUGUUACUGCUUUUUGUUGGUAAUAUAAACUCAACACUUCCUGUAACAGUUUCAAAUUAAAAGCCCUUAAGAAACGAUCACAACAAAGAACAACAAAAAGUGAAAAUGGCACAGUUACAUUUAAGCAACAGCUGAUGACAGGUGACUAUAUAUUGUGAAUAAUAAGGACAUACAGCUGACUUUUAACCAAGUAUUGCGUUAUUAAUGUUAUGGACAGCAUUAAUUUUUAACUCUUUUAUUUACAAGUGCAUAAAGCACUCAAAAAGCUUAAAUUCAAAGUAAUAAGCCCUCCUGGGCACCAGCACAUAGUGCCAGGUAGUUACUAUGCAACAUACUAGAUGUUUUAAUUUUAGCUUUUUAAAAAAGAAAUAAAAGAUUAAUUGCCAUUAUUUAGACAUUUUUUUAUUUAUAUGCUGGCAUUUAUUGUGCAACCACUUAAAAUCUGUCCAUGGUCAUAAAACAAUAGUCAAGAAGCUAGCUAAUGUUAGCUAGCUAGCUGUAACUUGACACCUCUGUUUAAAGUUUUUGUAAUGUAAACUUAUAAAAUAAUGAACACAUGAUGAGCUAACAAACUUUGUAAUCCAGAUCAACCCUAUGAGUUUUGAUGAGACCACUAGAGUACUUUACUAUGUUGGUUAGUUAGCAAGCCAGCAUUAGCUAACAUUAGCCAGAGGUAGGCUAGCUUGGAGGGACUAUUUGGAUUCACACAACUAAAGACAUUUCCUAAACUGAAUCUAACUCACUGUUUUGGCCCCACUAGAUUAAACUGGCUUUAUUCUGGCUAAUGUUUGCUAACUUGUUUGUAAUCAUGUAAAGGUACUUUACCGCAGUUAACAGUUAGUAGAAUUACAUGAUUUAGGCUAUGCCCAGUUAAAUAUUAUAACAUUAUAACAGUCAUUAUUAUUAUAUUAUAACAGUCAUACGUAAGAGACAUGCAUAGCUUAUGUCUUAGAUUUGUUUUCCCAGGUUGUAUUUGGAGACAGACUUUAUUUAUUUAUAUCCACUGUUCUUCCUGCGAUGAUCAGAGAGCUACUGUUUAAUUAAAAACUACAAAUUUCUGUUUGAGAAUAUAAGCUAGCUGUAACCAUAUUGUGUCCACACCUCCAAAUCAAGCAUGACUCAGUGAAGCAGGCUAUGCCCAAAGUGAAUCAGCGUGUAAUAACUUAGCAGUAUGGCACUAGUUUAGCUAAGACAUGACGUUUAAAGAGAUUAGAGUAGCUAGCAGGUUGGAGGCUAAAGCAGAUUGUAUUUGUGUUAGCAAGUAAAUUGGAUUGCUGUGGGUUGGUAACUAAAACAUAUUACAUCAGGUUAGCCAACAGUUUGUAUUUGCAGCUAAACCAAACACUGUUUAGCUUUAGCUUCUCCUUCAUGAAUUACCCUUCAGGUAGAACAUUUCCUCACAGAGUUGAUGAUGAAUGUCUUAAAUCACUGUAGCCAAAACCAUCCUGGUUUAUAGCUCGAGAAAGUUGUUCAGACGUGCUCAUUUCCUGAAAUCCCACGAGACCAAGGACUCCGACUGAUGGAAACUUGUUUUGGAUGUGAAAGUAGCAACACAUUGAAAUUAACUUUAGUUCCUGUUGGUGGGUAACAUCCGCCAUCUUUCAUAUCAGCACAACCACGUGUUAGAAACGAAUGACUUUGAGAGCUAAACGGUUACUGCGAGGAGAAGCCGAGAGCAAUACGAAGACGCGACUUCAUGGCCAGUGUAGCUGAAAAAAAAAAACCACGAAAAAAUGAUGAUUAAAAAAAAUCAAACCGUGGCUGAAGAGUGAUAUGACUGUUGCCAUUAAGCACAUCCCCCCUUUUCAUACCAGUGAUCCAUACUAGACGACCUUAGCGGUGAUAUAUUUUAGGUCUGUAUGUUAGAUUAAAAGCAGAGUCCCAACAGUAUAGUAGCAUCAUGAACUACAUAAAUACAGUAAAUGAAUUUGAGGGAGUUUAUUUCUUUGCCGAGGCACCGACAAUGUUUCCACUGCCUUCUGAUGAAAAAAUGUGUACUUCUGUUUGUUUGUUUGUUGGUUUGUCUCUUUGUUUGUUUAUGGGGAUGUUGCAAAAAGAGUUUAAAAAAAUAUCUUAUGAAAAUCAUCUAAGAAGAGAAAAUGUAUAUGAAAAAGGAUUUUAAGAAAAUAAAAACUCUAUUAUAGAUAAUCUAUCCCAGACUUUACAGAUUAUAGGCCUACUGAGAUAUUAAAAGAUGAAUAAAUAAAUAAAAGAUUGCUAAAAUGAUGAAGAGUAUUAAAUAAAACGACAACUGUU